CAAAGCUUAACGAAAGAAACAAUGACACUAGUGCCCAGGGAAAUGUUUGUUUAACAGGUUGCGGCGACCGUAACUAUUUAUAACGAUGCUUAAAACCAUUAAGAUAAAUCGAAGUGACAAGUUUGUGUAGAAGAAAUUAAAAGCGAGCGUUUCGCUGUUUUUGCUGGACCUGGCGCACUAGAGUUCCUUUGUUUUGGUUAUUACUGAAGAACUCCAUUAAACCACCUGCAUGAGUGUUUUCUCCCUUUUUCAAAGCUAAAAGAAAGUGUAUAUUUCGCGUAUUGUGGUCCGCUUGCUAGCAUUACUAGCCUCACCUAGCCGGCUGUGCAUUUUGAAUUGGACCACAGUCGGGUUUAGACAGCGGAGGCUAACCGGGCUAGCUAACGACAUUCCGUGACAAGGGGAAAGGGAAAAUGACAGACACACCUGCCAGCAAUAGCUCAGCCCCAGGAGCAGAUUUUGACAUGAUAGCUGCUCUUGAUUGGAAGGACGGCAUCGCCACGUUGCCUGGCAGUAACAUCAGGUUCCGGAUGACAGAAUUUGGGACACUUGAGAUCGUAACGGAUCCAGAGCCGAAAGACAAGGAAGAGGAGUCCUCAUGCCCACAAUCAGAGACUACGCCCUCUAACGGCUCAUCAGAGCCACCCAAGCAUUCAAACCAAGCAGAAACAGCAAAACUACGUGCAUAUGAUGUGGCCCCGUCUGGACUGCAGACGCAGACAGGUAGCUCCAGUACAAUGAGCACCAGCAGAGAGGAUCGCUCCAAUGUGGAGAUGGCCAGCUGCAAGUCCUGUGGCCACUCUGGUUCACGGGAGUCUUUUCUCCAGGGAAAGUUCUGCAGUCCUGGCUGUGUACAGCCCAGCAGUGGAAGGUCGACUCCAGGUGAUACAGGAGAAGGUGAACGUUUAGGUAAACGAAUUCGGAAGAAGAAGAAGAUGUUCAUGGAGUCUGAAGAUGAUGAGGAAGACAACAUUGAGGAAGAGGAGGAGAAGUUUAGAGUCUCAAAAGGCAGAAAAGCAGCUAAACUUGCCAGAUUGGUUACAGCCACGCCCGUGAAGAAGAAGGCUUGGAGCUGGCCAGCCUACCUAGAGGAAGAGAAAGCUGUGUCUGCCCCCUUAAAAUUAUUUAAAGAGCACCAGGCCUUUCCUCAGAGCAGGAAUGCGUUUAAGGUUGGAAUGAAGUUGGAGGGCCUGGACCCCUGCCAUCCUGCUUUCUUCUGUGUGCUUACUGUGGCAGAGGUCCAGGGUUACAGAAUAAGACUUCAUUUCGAUGGUUAUCCUGAGUGCUAUGACUUCUGGGUCAAUGCAGACUCGUGGGAUGUGAAACCUCCAGGCUGGUGUGAGAAGAUGGGCCUCAAGCUGCUGCUGCCCAAAGGUUGCAGAGAUGGUGAAUUUAAUUGGAACACUUAUGUAAAGAAUUGUAGAGGCCAGCUGGCACCCAAACAUUUCUUUAAAAGUCUUAAUACUUCAGUGACCCCCUCAGGCUUUCGUGCUGGGAUGAAGCUCGAGGCUGUCGACAGGAAAAACCCAUCACUAAUCUGUGUAGCCACAAUUUCUGCCGUUGUGGAUAACCGCCUCCUCAUCCACUUUGAUAACUGGGAUGAUACAUAUGAUUACUGGUGUGAUGCUAGCAGCCCGUAUAUUCAUCCAGUUGGGUAUUGUGAGGAAGCAGAGUUAACGCUGACCACACCUGCAGAGUACAAGCAACCAAAAUGUUUCUCAUGGGAGAAAUACCUAGAAGAGACUGGAGCCCAAGCAGCACCUGCUAGAGCCUUCAAACAGAGACCUCCACAUGGCUUCCAGGUGGGAAUGAAGUUGGAGGCAGUGGACAAACGCAACCCCAUGCUCAUCCGCGUUGCCACUAUAUCAGACACAGAGGACCACAGGGUCAAGAUCCAUUUUGAUGGUUGGAGCGAUGAGUACAAUUACUGGGUGGAUGCUGAUAGCCCCGAACUGCAUCCUGUAGGAUGGUGUCAAAAGACUGGUCAUCCUCUGCAGAACCCCAGUUGUUCUAGUGAUCCCCAGGUGCCUCCAGGACAAGGCUGCCCUACUCCAGGAUGUAAUGGGGUUGGACACAUUAAAGGGCCUCGCUAUGGAACACAUUACACGGCCGUCAGCUGUCCCUAUUCUGAGCUGAAUUUGAAUAAGGAAGGGCUGCUGCCUGACAGGCUGAGCGGAGAGAGGCCGGUGACACUGAGUGGACCUUCACGGCACAGGCGCACAGAAUCAGUCACACAGACUCCUUCUACCACACCCACAGGCAGCAAUCCUGAAAACAAUGACAACACUGAGAACUCCUCACCAGCCAAGACUGCUACUGCAGCCAAGUGCACAAAGCCGAAUCAGGUGAAGCAUGAAGGAAAUGGAAAAGUAGACUCUCUGCAGCAGUUCUUGCAUGACUCUGUGUUCUGUGGCUGGGAGCCACCCAAGUUUCAGCACUGUUGGGAGAAACAUGGCAAACUGUUACCUGAAGCACUGGGUCUCAGUGCAAAGACAGUGGCCAAGUGGAACACAGAAGAGGUUGCGAGUUUUGUCAGAAAGCUACCAGGCUGCAGGGAACAUGCUGCCAUUUUCAGGAAUGAGCAAAUUGAUGGUGAAGCCUUCCUCCUUCUCACCCAGUCUGACAUUGUAAAGAUCCUAAGUAUCAAGCUGGGCCCUGCUCUGAAAAUCUAUAACUGCAUUCUUAUGCUGAGGAGUGUGGAUGAGGAAUAGCACCCCCACACCCUGGAUACCUGCCUUAGUACUUCUAACCACAAGGCGCAAUCAUUUUUUCCUCAUCUUUUUUAUGUCCCAACUAUGUGACUCAUCCUUGAUGGUGAUGAGUCCACAUUGUAUGUAGUUACUGAGGUUGCCCUAUGAUGAAUAAGUACUUCAGAAAAUUGAACAGACUGGAAUGUUAUCUGCUUAAAAGCAGUUUUCUGUAAUUGUCCUGUUAUAGAACUGGGCAUCAGAAUGUACAAGUUGGGUAUAAAUAUAAAGGUCUUUGGAGGACUAUGCUGCUAACCAGGCACAAAAUUUCUUGACUUCUCCUGUAUUUUUCUUGUAUCCUCUGUAUGUAGUCCUAACUGAAAUCUGCUACUUUAUUCAAAAGUUAUUUGAUCAUUUGAUUCUCAUUAACUUAUUGCUAAUUUGAUUUUUAUUAACGUUUUGGACUCAAAAGUGCAUGGUUUUGAGGCACUGCAAUAUCAAUGCAUUAUUAUUAUUAUUUAUGAUUUGUAUGGUUGCUAACUGUAUAAAUAAUUGGUUUCAGAAAUGUGAACAAAUUACACAUCGGUGGACCUUUUACUUGAAAUGUACAAAGUAAUUUUUAAAUUGAUGCAAAAAACAGACUUUUGUAUAUGAACCCACAUCACAUCCACGAUGGUCAGGAUGGGUGUGUAAGACCUCUAGGAUGAGGGAAAUGCUUGUGGGUGUGGGUGUUUGCUCAUGUGGGUGUGUCUGUAUACUCCAGAGAGAGACUGUGUACAUGUUUUACUUUGCAUCAGGGAAUCUUUUAGUUCAGUCACAUCUUAAAAUGAAUGUCUAAUUUGCUAUGUAUUAGUGUCGAAAUUGUGCUUUGUGAAAUCCAUUUAAAAUUUUGUAAAUUGAUGUACAGUGAUACUGAUUGGGUGUAUUUUGAUCUUUGAGGGUGUGUGUGUGUGUGUGUGUGUGUGUGUGUGAGAGAGAGAGAGGGAGACUUAAAGACAGAUUCCAUUGAAAAGAUGAAAUGUGAGCUGUAAUGCUCAAGAGUCUAAAUGGAUGAAAUUAAAAACAAACUCUGAGUUACAGCUUUACACAA